AUGAGUCAUAUACACCUGCCAACAGAGUCACAAGUACCACCAGCUCCACAACCACCUCCACUACCACUGGCUCCACCAAUCAUCCGUGUUCAAGAAGUAUCAAAAACAGUUCAUGUAAAUGAAAAUUCGCACAUCAUAUUCAAACUAACGCAAGCAAUAGAAGAAGACUCUCUACCAAAAAUGGUCUCAUUGAUUGAAGAACAGGAAGUGGAUAUCAAUUCUACAUUAUCAUUUGGUGUCUGCAUUCUUCUCAAGGCUAUAAGAAGCCGAUCAAGAAGGAUUGUGGAAUAUCUAAUUGACAAAGGAGCCGAUCCGGAAUCAUCUAUACGAGAUAUGAUGAAAAGGCCGGAUGGUUUAGAAGUUGAAUAUAGUAAUUGUAAACGAUAUGACCAAUGGAACACUGACAUACUCAAAAAGCUGCUACCAAGAAUGGGAGAACGACUUCAUACAAUUGUCGACGCUGAAGGCAGAACUCUUCUUCACCUUGCUUGCUACUUCCCAGACCUCUCAUUCUUUGAGUACUUGCUUCGGUUUGGACUAGAUCCGAAUGUUAAAGACAACAAGGGUUGCAGUGUGCUGAGUUUGCUCAUUUCACAUCAAGAUACAAAAGCCUCGUAUGAAAUGGUACAACUGGUUCUCUCCUUACCGAGUACCCAGGUGGAUAUUCGAAACCAUGCUGGUUUCACACCUCUUUAUCAAAGUUUCUUUAUGAAUCGUCUUGAGUUUUUCUAUCUUCUUCUUUAUAAUGGGGCCGAUCCAUUUAUGAGGACUCACAAUGGAAGCACCUUAAUGCACUGUCCGUUUCUUCAUUGCCAUAAAUACAUGAUUCUGUAUGAUAUUGGCCUCGAUGUUAAUGCAAAAACUAACUCAGGACUUCGGCCAUUACAAAAUAAAGCAGAACUGAGUUUUGAUUUUUUUAUUUUAAUCCUUUUGGGGCGUGAAGUUUUGGAGGAUGAGUAUUCAAAGAUGGAAAAGACUUUUGAGCCAAGAGUUGUGAAGAAGAUUAAAGAGAAGGUAGAAAGAGGUGAAUUUGCUGCCAAUCGCCUGCAAGCACUGUGCCGACGGAAGAUUCGUCAGAUAUUGUUCCAGAAAGAUCAUACUUACGUCACAGAAAACAUAUGGUUGCUGCCCCUUCCAAAGCCACUUAGGUUAUAUUUAGACGUAAUAUUAUAUGCUCAACAUUUGUUGGAAGCACUGGGACAUUAA